AUGGUUAGGGAAUUCCCACGGUACAGUUCCUCCGUCCCGGAGCCCCGCUCUUGGGACCAAAACUACUCCAAUGCCUUUCAAGCCACCGUAAAAGCUCAGACCGCCGGCGGCAACGAGUCCAAGAUUGGUUUCAACAAUGUCUACCCACCAGAGUUAAUUAAAUGUCGACCGGCUGCAGGGUCACAUCCCUUGGCCUUGUAUGUUGGUGAGAGCCCUUUGAAAACUCCCUUCACGCUCGUGUUGCUAGAGAUUUUACUGGUCAUCGUUGCCACUCGCAUUGUUCGUUUUCUUCUCAAGCCUCUCAGACAACCUAGAAUUGUGUCGGAAAUCAUUGGUGGUAUAUUCAUCGGACCGUCGAUAUUAGGCCGGAGCAAGAAGUUUACCUCCGUCGUGUUCCCUGAACAUUCCCAAUUUAUCAUUCGGAAUAUCGGAAUAAUGGGGUUCAUGUAUUUCCUUUUUAUCUCCGGAGUGAAAAUGGAUUUUGCCGUGGUAGCAAAAACAAAGAAGAAGCACAUCGUCAUAGCCCUGGUUGGAGUGUUCAUCCCUUUGUUAAUGACAGAAGGUGUUGGAUUUAUUUUACGCAAGUCUAUGGUCGACAAAGAGCUAGCAAAAGUGUCAACAAUAGGUGGAAUUGCUUCGAGUUUGGCCUUGCCAUUGUUCCCUGUCAUCUACCCCAUCCUGAAAGAGCUCAACCUCCUUAGCUCCGAUAUAGGACGGCUUGCGCUGUCCAUAGCGGUGCUCAGCGACGGGUUUGGGAUCACCGCUUUGAUAGUCUUCGAGGCAGCUUUACAAGGGGAGGGGAGGCCCAUAGCCAUCUUGUGGUACACCAUUUCUUUGGUGCUUAUUCUGGCAUUCACUCUUGGUGUGAUAAGAAAAGCCAUGCACAAAAUUAUUGAUCACACCCCGGAUGGUCAAUAUGUUGACCAAGCUUAUGUGGUGGGGAUUUUGUUGCUGGUUAUGGUGAUGGGCUUUUUCACGGACAUGUUCGGUGUGGCCAUUGCUAACGGCCCGUUUUGGUUGGGCCUGGUGAUUCCAGAUGGGCCCCCUCUCGGUUCGACACUGGUGGACAGGAGUGAGACGAUGAUAACAGAGAUUUUGAUGCCAUUUUCAUUUGCUGUUAUAGGUCUUUCCACUGAUGUUGAAGCUAUGAUUAUGGCGGGUUGGCAGUGGAUGGCACCAUUGUUUGCUAUGGGUAUAACUUGUUAUGCGUCUAAAUUCAUAGCUACAUUUGCUACUUCUAUGUUUUUCCAAGUGCCAUUCAGAGAUGGUGUUGUGCUUAGCCUUGUUAUGUGCCUCAAAGGUCAGGUGGAGCUUGUGCUUUUCAUCCACUGGAUGGACAAAAGGGUAAGAAUCUAA